CGAUGAGCUGAAGCUCCGCCUCUUCUCUGUUUCCGGUCACUGUUCCGUCAACAUGGCGCCGGUUAACCGGAGGAAGCUCGAGUCUCUGUGACGGUAACGAUCAACACGAUCCCACCGGAAAACUGGAACCAGCGGAGGAGCGAGAAGAUGGAGGAGAAAGCGUUAGAGGUUUAUGUGUCACAUCUGGUUCCCCCCCCCCCCUCCAGAUGUGAUCCGGUCGAUCCGGGAUCCGGAGAAGCCGAACACCCUGGAGGAGCUGGAUGUGGUGACGGAGAAAUGCGUGGAGGUCCGGGAGCUCGGAGAGGACGAGUACCUGAUCAUCAUCAAGUUUUCCCCGACCGUCCCUCACUGCUCCCUGGCCACUCUGAUCGGUUUGUGCUUACAAGUGAAGCUGCAGAGAUGUUUGCCUUUUAAACACAAGCUGGAAAUUUACAUUUCAGAAGGAACUCAUUCUACCGAGGAAGAUAUUAACAAACAGAUCAACGAUAAGGAGCGAGUGGCGGCCGCCAUGGAAAACCCCAACCUGAGAGAGAUUGUGGAGCAGUGUGUCAUCGAACCAGACGACUGAGGAGCGUGUGCGUGUGCGGUCGCGUCUUGUGUCGACUCUGAGGACGUUUCAGAUUGUUUUCCUCCAGUGAAAAGGUUGAACAGUGAGUGAAUGAAACACAGUUCAGGACGGACGCUGGCGUAAAGCGACGGACGUGUUGAAACAGGAAACGCCUCCCGUCCUUUUUCCAUUCCUCCUCCUCCUCUUUGCUUCUGCUCCAUCAUUCCACCAGAGGGGAAACGUGUUUUCUCAGAGGUGACGAAGAAUGAAAUGUCGUUUCAUGUGGUUUUAGACUUUCAGAAAUAUACUCUGUGAUUCAGUCGGAGCAGGAAUAUGAUUCUUUACAUGUGAUUGUUUUUUUUAAAGAACGGAUCUGAUGAAGAAUAAAAUCAGUUGUUAAAAUCGUCA